AUGGGAAUCCUUUGUUCUAAAUAACAUCCUUAAUAGGCUACUUAAGUGGUGUAAAAUUAACAUGAUUUCUAAAAUCUUCUAGAUUAGAAAUAAAUAAACUCUUUAGAACCAGAAGAAGAAAACAAAGAUCAAAAAUAUACUAAAAUUGAUGUUGCUCAAAAUUCAAUUGAUUUGAAUAAGAAACGUUAUUCAAGUAGAGAUAUGUCUAUAAUAUCUAAAUAUAUUGAAAAUGAACUAAGUAUUUCGAUUUUAUUAUGAAGAAAACCAAUCUGUUAAACUUGAGAGACUUACUAUUGACAUGAGAGAUCCAUCAAUGAGUGUUAAAGGUGGAACAAUUGUAUAAAGGAAAGAAAUCUCAUAAGAUCUAUUUGAAGAGGAUGACAGUCAUAUAUGUUACACAAUCUAUACAAAUCCGAAAUAUAAACGCUUGAAAAGUAUAAAUGAACACACAAUGGUUCUAUUGCAUUUGAAUGAAAAUAAGGAAUAUUUAGAUUUAUUAUACAGAGUAACUAAUGACUAUCAUUUUACUAUUGAACAUUAAGAUGAAUUCAAAGAUAUUUUAACAAGAUCAUAAGAUAGUUUUCUGUAAAAUUUAUUAAUUUCUGAAAAAUAUAUAAAUGAAUAUGGAAUCUUUCAUAUAAUUAGAGAAGCAAUUAAAUGUAGCAAAUUAGAAUUAAUACUUUAAAAUGAUUAUACUCUAAAUUCAACAUAAUUGCAUUAUAAUAAAUGUAAUAAUUAAAUGAAUUACAUUAGUGUUUGUUGAUAUAAGUUUAUUCCCAAUAAUUUUGGCCACUUAACAUAUUUAGAUUUUUUGUCUUGAAUUCACAUAAUAGAUUAUAUAAUAUAAGAAAUUAACUAAUUCUAAUUAAGAUCUUAUUAAAUUUCUUAAUGAAAUAAAAUAAACUUUAGGAAAUGAUGUAAACAAAUAAUUUAAUAUUUUUAACUAGAUCUAAUUUUUAUCAAUUUCUCAACAAAAUUAAAAUAUGGUUUUAUCCUUUAUAAUUAAAAAUAUGUAAUCAAAUAGAAGUGUUAUCAUUUCUAAUUUUAAUACAAUUUUAAAUGGAAAAUUUGGAUUUAUCACUUGUAAAACAUAACCAUUGAUAAAGUAUGUUGGAUGUGAAUUAAGUGAUAUAGAUCCUUGGAAUAAUAGAGAAUUUAAAGAAGAAACAAGAGCAGACAGUUAAUAUUCAUUAUAAUAUGGAUGGAAGUAUAAAUAGAAUUAAUAAUAGAUUAUUUGGUUUGAAUUUUAAACAAUACAAUAUUUCUAAUAUAGGAUUUAUUUACUACAAUCCAAAUCAAAUGUACUAUUAAAAUAUAAGAAUCUAUUCAUUAAGUGACAUCAAUAAAUAUUCUAGUCAAUUUGAAUUGAUUGAUAUCAAAGUUUAUUGUGAAAAGAAAUAAUACAAAAUAUUAUUUUAAGUAACAUACUAGGAUGAUGAUUUAAUUAUUAUAGAUAACAUGGUAAAUAGUAAGGUUCUAUUAUUAAGGCAUAUCUCAAUACUUUGAUGAAUUCAAGAUUGACUGGAAUUUUAGUAUAUGAUACUGAAAAAUAUAUGAAAUAUUGA